CUUCCUGACUGUCAAGCGUGUUUUCCACCAAGAUAAUAACAAUAAAAAAAGAUGUCAAAAUGGGGAAUUCUAAUAUAAAACAGCAUAUUGAAACAGCACAGAAAACUGGAGCUUGUCAGCUGUGUAAACUCGGACUGAAAGAGUUUCCAGAAGAUUUACAAAGGCUGACCAAAAACCUGAGAACUCUUGACUUGUCUGAAAAUAAAAUACCAUUGAUACCCCCAGUUAUUGGAUCUUUCUCUGUGUUAAAAAAUGUUAACCUCAGCAAAAAUAGACUAGAAUCAUUACCAACAGAAUUUGGAAAUUUGAAAAAGCUGGAAUCCUUGUCUUUAGAAAAUAAUUGCCUGACUUCAUUACCAGAAUCGCUAUCAAAACUUUCUUGUUUACGUACACUAAAUUUAUCAGACAAUAGACUGAAAUUAUUUCCUAAGCAAGUGUGUGCACUGAGGCAGUUGGAUGCUUUAGAUCUAUCUAAGAACAAAAUCACAAUUUUGCCAGAAGACUUGGAACAGUGUCAAGCUAUAGAGCUAAAUCUAAACCAGAACCAGAUUUCUGGUCUUCCUGAAAGCUUGACGUCAUGUCCACGAUUGAAAGUAUUAAGAGUUGAAGAAAAUUGCCUGGGGAUCUCUGCCUUUUCUCCGCGAAUAAUGAAGGAGUCUAACAUUGCUCUGUUAGCUGUAGAAGGCAAUGUUUUUGAUAUGAAGGCCUUUAACAAUCUGGAUGGAUACGAUGAGUAUAUGGAACGAUACACAGCGACUAAGAAAAAGUUCAACUAAAAAAUAAUGGGCAUUUGGAUGAAGAUGGAUUCAACAUAUUUGUAUAUAUGCAUGAAAGUCACUCAGGAUACUGUAAACACACAUAUUUUAGUGAAUCGAAAUUUUAUUUCAUCAUGAAAUUUGAACAGAUUUCUGUUUUGAUAAUUGGCUCAUCUUCCAUAUAUAUAAUUAACAAAAUGUAAUAACACUAUUAAUACAGGAAUUCUAUUAGAGUGAAAUGCUUGAACUUCAAAAACAGUAAAAUAAGAUUACUGCUAAAAUAUGUAUGUUUUACAGUUAAGAGUAAAUGAUAUUGUAGAUAUUUAAAAGAACCCUGAUGUAUUUACUCAGUAUAAGGAAUUAGAUGGAUUUAGUGGUAAAUGACCUAUAUACAGGUCUGAUUCACAAAGACUUGCUUAAGUUCUCAACCCAUGCUCCAUAUAAUCGAUGUGAUCUGAUCAAAGGUUGUGUGAAAAACCUGUUACAUAUAUAAUGAUUUGGUUACAUUAAAUAUGUAUAAUUUUGUUUUGGCAUACAUUUAAUUAAUUCAUUGAAGAUAUGCUCAAUCAGAUAUCUAGAUAUUUAAAAUGGUUUCAUAAUCUCAAGGAAACUGUUUAUUUCUAUGUAUGAAGUAACAUGCUUACCUGUUGUAAGAUUAUGUAUAUUUCUCAGUUUUAUGAUACCUGGAAUUACACGUGCAAAACUAUAAAAUACAAUUAAAAAACACUUGUACCAUAGUUGGAACACUCUCCACUUCUGGAACUUUAUUUUUGGAAUUCUUCCUAGGGACUAUAAUGCUCUAGAACACCACACAAACAAACAAAUGAAAUAUGUUCACUAGGUAGAAGAUAGCUUGGUGUGACACUAGACUUCAUUAAAUUGACAUUUUGGUCAGUAGAAAAGUAUUUGAUUUAUUCUCAAAACAAUGAACAUCUUGUAUUGCUUCAUGGGAAAAUUGAAUGUUUCGUGACAACAAGAGUUUCAUUUGAUAUGGUCCUCUCAGGAGGUGUCUGACUCCUGUGAAUAUGUGUGUAUUUAAAAUUUGAUCACAUUUUUGAAAAAAUAUUUUUACACUUCAAAUAAUGUUUGCAUUAAAUAAGAAUUGCAAAGCAUCAAAUAAUGUUUGCAUUAAAUAAGAAUUGCAAAGAUGAAUGUGUAUAAAAAAUGUAACUAAACAAGAUAUGGUACAGUAUUGAGACAGAAAUAGGGUUUACAUGUGUUUAAUGUGUGGCAAGGUGUUUAUGUCCCUAUCAUUCCUAGUAAAAAACCAUCAGGCCAGAACAUAUAUUUUAUGAAUGAUUAUUGUAACCUCUCAUCGUUGAUUGAAUUGUUAUCCUUUCCUUUAUUUGUUGAAAUGUUGUGUUACCAUGGGAACUCUGUCGGUGCAAUAUAUGUGUUCCAUGUAUGUUAUAUAUAAUUACUGUUAAAUGUUUAUGUGUGUAAUUUCAUGAUUUAAGCAUAUUUGUGCUGAACAAGUGAAAUAACUCCAUUCUUAUUUUUUUUACGUUUAUAAUUAUGUUUAAAAACAGAAAAUUUGGCAGAGUAAUUUACUUGGUAAUUAAGAUCAUAUUUUUUGUUAGAUUUGAAAUUUGUGCAUGGAUUACUGCUUUCUGGGAAACUGGAAUGGCAAAUGAUCGUAUCAGGACGUUUUAUAUAACCACUUGUGUGAUUUGUUAUUGCUCACUGUGAUGAUUGAAGUGGAUAUUAUAGAACUUAUCCUUUAGUAUCAAGUGAACUAAGAUUUGAUAUGCUGAUUGUGCAGUAACCUGGUAUUUUACUAAAAUCCUGAUAUUUGAUUUGACGUCUCCCAGCAAUGAUACAAUGCAUUCAAAAGAAGCAAAGGGAUACUCAUGGAAGACAAAAGAUAGAAACAAUAGUAGAUAUUAACAGAAGAAUGUAUCAUGCUGAACAAAUUAAGGACAAUUUAUUUUGACAGUGGUAACAGCGAUCAUCCUCAUGUUUAUUGUAGUGAAUUCAGAUGCUAGUUGAACCUUAUCUGGGUGGAGAUAUUUUCCUUAUAGUAUCCAUAUUGCCUUGAUUAUUAAUCAUGUAUUCAUUGUGUCAUUGAUAUAACCUAAUAUGUAUAAGAUAUUCAAAUAGAGACGAAUCAAC